AUGUCAACGGCCAUGCAUGGAGAUGCGAACCCUGAUUGGCUGGAUGAAAAUCGAUUCAAGACAUUAUACAUUCAAAAGACAAGAUACAUGUACAAAGUACGAUGCAAGACAGACAGGAUCCCGCGGGACUGUUGGAGGGUCUCACUGCCGGCGAGUGGUCGCCGAUCAGUUGGGGACAGCGAUUGGUCGAUACGUUGCGACCGGAUCGCCGAGACUUUCACCACUCGUGAAAUGGGAUGCUGUGUUACUUUGAGAAUGCAGCCAGAUGAUUUGACUCUGAAGAUUUUUUUUAUUAGCAUUAGAAACAACAUGCUGCCGCAGGAUCAACAGGUCAUUCCCACUCAAGAACGGGCAUCCUGCUGUACGCAGCAGGUAUUAGCGCAAAAGGGCCAAAUUGCACAGUGCCCAAAGUGCAAAUUGCUUGAUCCAAAGGCUGUUUUGGCGUACGAAGCGCAUACUGCACAAGCUUGCACGGAGGAUGGCGGCACGCAUCUUGCAUGA